CCUGCAUCACUUUUUUAUUGUUAUUUUGGGCAUUUCCUUUGUUCACGAUGGAUCAAGAAACAGCUAAUGCACUGUUCAACGUGGGAGGUUUUUUGUUGUUUUUCAAUGCUCCGCCGAAUCUGGAAUUCGGCAUUGAUUACAACGCUUGGACCGUUGGUCCACUAUUCAAAGGCGUAAAGCUCAUUCCUCCCGGUCUACAUUUCAUUUAUUUUUCUGCGACAAGCAAAGAAGGUGUGCAAGGCAUUCGUACCGGUUUCUUCAAGUAUUUUGAGUCUCAAGAAGUGGUUGUACGUGAAUGGAAUCCUGCAAGCGAAGACUUGCGCGAUGAAACCGAGCUUGAUCCCGAUCAAGUAGAACGUUACCGGCUCAAUAUUCGAGACUUUGAUCGCAACAUGGGUCCUUACCCGCUGGAUCCACCUACUUUUUAUCAGCGAUGGCAACGACUGACGAAUUAUAUCACACCUGGACUCGUGCGCCGGAUAUUGCCAAACAACGGCAGAGUGUCACAUUUGCCUAGUAAAUCAGCCAGCACGGACGAGGUCCUCGAUGUCAAAGACAAACGUGUGGGGCGUCAAGUGGAAAAAGAAGAAGGCAUGGAAUUCACCUAUUUUGAUUUGCGGCAAUCGUUUCCUCGAGGAGCCACAGGCGAUGAAGUAACACGGUGGAGUUUGGACAAAUCUUGGUUAGCCCGCGAUUUAUUGCAACGAGUUUACCGAAAUAACCAUACCCUCAUGCUCGGUGAAAUGCAAUUGGCCUUUGUUUGUCUGUUAAUGGCGCAGAAUUUCUCGGGGUUCAACCAGUGGAAACAUUUGGUGCAUUUGCUGUGCUCUUGUGAAGAUCUCGUACAAGAAAAGCCCAACAUGUUCAUCGAUUUCUUUGACGUGCUACAGUAUCAGUUGGAUGAAUGCCCAGAGGAUUUUUUUCGUGACAUUUUGUCCGAAAACAACUUUAUUGCUUCAAUGCUAAAGACAUUUGCUCGAAAUAUCCCUCCAAAUUCCGUGGACUUGAGGUCGCGUUUUGAACGGUUAAAAAAGUUUAUUGCCACACGCUUCAAGUGGGAGAUUCCUGAAUCAGAUAGCGACGAAGAUGAUGAUGAACCUGUGGUGGUCGAAAUGGAAUAAGAAGUUGAUAUGCUGUCAUUGCUUUUCACGUCUGUGCUGUGCUUUCGUUUUUUCUUUAUCAAUGCUUUAUCUUCCUAAUAGAGGUUUGUGUAUUUCUUACUACUAUUGAGUUUUGUCUUGUACUUAAACAUGUGAUGCAUGAAUGAUUAUUUUAAUAUCAUACAAAAGCCAAAAGAAUAAAGCAAUAGAACCAU